UUUUUUUAAAAAACUCAAAUUUUUAACAUUGUGUGCGCACUGUCGUGACAGACUAGUAUUAUGACGCUAUCUACAUGGUACAUCGGGUUUAAUGCAUACCAUAAAUCCGAAACCCGUCAUACUGCAUCCCACUUCGCACCACGACACCCACGAUCGUCCAGUUGAUGAACGAGCUCUACAUACCCCGUAGCGUUCACAGCCUGUUCACGUUUUGGAAUUAAAGUCCCCGCCAUCUGUACCAGCUCUGAAAUUAUAAGACUCGCAGCAACAAUGUCGACAAUUCCACAGCGCAAGAUCGGUGAGGAUAAUGUGUCUGCCCAAGGACUUGGAUGUAUGGGAAUGACAUUUGCCUACACAAGUUUCGGAGGAUACAACGACGGCGAAUCACUCGAAGUCCUCACCCGUGCGGCUGAUCUGGGCAUCACGUUCUGGGAUACCAGCGACAUCUAUGGCCCCCACACAAACGAGAAGCUCCUCGGUCGCUGGUUUUCCCAGACAGGGCGCCGCAAGGAGAUUUUCCUCGCGACCAAAUUCGGCAACCUCAUCGGCCCUGACGGCAAACACGCCGUCCGUGGCGACGCCGAAUACGUCAAGGAAGCUUGCACAGCCAGCCUCGAGCGCCUAGGGGUGGAAACGAUCGACCUCUAUUACCAGCACCGCGUCGAUACCACGGUUCCCAUUGAAGAAACCGUCGCCGCAAUGGCCGAGCUCAAGAAAGAAGGCAAAAUUCGCUAUCUAGGCCUCUCCGAGUGCUCUGCGUCGACUCUGCGCCGCGCCCACGCCGUCCACCCCAUCGCUGCAGCCCAGAUGGAGUACUCACCCUUCGCGCUGGAGAUCGAGUCUGAGCAGACGGCUUUCCUGGCUACCGCGCGCGAGCUCGGCGUCAAGAUCAUCGCGUACUCGCCCCUUGGCCGCGGCUUCCUGACCAACACCAUCACCUCUCGCGCAGACCUGGAUCCUUCCGACAACCGCUCGAACCACCCACGCUUCAGUGAGUCGCACUUUGACGACAACCUCAAGCUCGUACGCGCAUUGGCGGAUAUCGCCAAGGACAAGGGAUGUACCGCGGGCCAGCUGGCGCUCGCAUGGGUUGCGGCGCAGGGCGAUGAUGUGAUACCCAUUCCGGGGACGAAGCGGGUGAAGUAUCUCGAGGAGAAUGCUGCGGCGGCGGGGAUUGUGCUGUCGGAUGCUGAGGAGAAGAGGAUUCGCAAGGCGAUUGAGAGCGUGGGUGGGAGCAAGGGGGAGAGGUACCCCCCGGCGAUGAUGGCGAGGUGCUUUGGGGAUAGUCCUGAGCUGAAGAGAUCGUAGAGCCGUGGUGGUGUGUUUGGAUGCGAAGUGUCUCUAAACACGACGAUUGAGAAAGAACAAUCACCUGGU